AUGGAAGAUGAACUAAAUUCCUCUGAACUAGGUUCACUAACCUACUGGCAAGACACGUAUGUAAAGGAGCUCGAUAAUUAUGAACAGAGUGGAGACAUUGGUGAUGUAUGGUUUGGGGAAGACAGUGCUUUGCGGGUCAUUAAAUGGAUUUGUGACUGUGGUUUGGAAAAGGACUCACCUAUUAUUGAUUUAGGUUGUGGAAAUGGGUUUACAUUAUCAUCAUUAGCUGAUGAGGGCUUUUUGAACUUGCUAGGUGUAGAUUACUGUGAGGAGGCUAUAGCUCUGGCAGAGAAAGUUAACAAAGAAUAUACAAUAUUGAAAUUUAAGAUUUUUGACAUAAUCAAUGAUGAUGCCGCUUCUCUUGGUAAAUUUGGUGUAGUACAUGAUAAAGGGACAUAUGAUGCUAUAUGUUUGAAUCCAAAUGUAAAGGAAUACAGACCAAAAUAUAUACAACAAGUUGUUGACAUGUUAAACGAUAAUGGUUUGUUCGUGAUAACAUCGUGCAAUUGGACUGAAUCGGAAUUAAUAAAGCAAUUUAGUGAGAAAUUGAAAUUGAAAUGUGUAAUACCAACGCCACAAUUUAAAUUUGGCGGGAAAGUUGGAAGUGUUGUUUCAUCUGUGGUGUUUGAAAAAAUAAUAAAGACUUAA